AUCAACGUGCCACGUCGGGAGUGAAAAAUUGUUCCAUAUUUGACUUUCAUCUAUUCAAAUAAAUCCCAAUUUUUCCAUCGAAAUGCCACUAAGGUUGGAUGUUAAGCGUAAACUCUCAGCUCGGUCUGAUCGAGUAAAGAGUGUUGAUCUUCACCCAAAUGAGCCGUGGAUGUUGGCUAGUCUGUACAAUGGAAACGUUCAUAUAUGGAAUCACGAGUCACAAACAUUGAUAAAAACCUUUGAAGUUACUGAUCUACCAGUGAGAGUUGCAAAAUUUGUGACAAGAAAGAACUGGGUUAUUACCGGCUCAGAUGAUAUGCACUUGAGAAUUUACAACUAUAAUACAUUAGAAAAGGUUCAUGGCUUUGAAGCACACAGUGACUACUUGAGAUCCAUUGCAGUUCACCCAACACAAUCUUACAUACUCAGCAGCAGUGAUGAUAUGUUGAUCAAACUUUGGAAUUGGGACAAAAAUUGGCAACUUCAACAAGUGUUUGAAGGUCAUACCCAUUAUGUAAUGCAAGUUGUAAUAAAUCCUAAAGAUAAUAACCAGUUUGCAAGUGCUUCUUUGGACAGAACAAUAAAGGUGUGGCAACUUGGCUCAACUGCUCCUAACUUUACCCUAGAAGGACAUGAGAAGGGUGUUAAUUGUGUUGAUUACUUCCAUGGUGGUGAGAAACCUUAUCUCAUUUCUGGAGCUGAUGAUAGAUCAGUGAAAAUAUGGGAUUAUCAGAACAAAUCAUGUGUUCAAACAUUGGAAGGCCAUGCACAAAAUGUUUCCUGUGUUGGUUUUCACCCUGAACUGCCAAUUAUUCUUUCUGGUUCAGAAGAUGGUACUGUGAGACUAUGGCAUGCUAAUACAUAUCGAUUAGAAAACACUUUGAACUAUGGUUUGGAAAGAGUUUGGACAAUUGCGAUGAUGAAAGGUUCAAAUAACGUUGCUCUAGGAUAUGACGAAGGCAGUAUCAUAAUCAAGCUUGGAAGAGAGGAACCAGCCAUGUCUAUGGAUAGUAAUGGCAAGAUUAUUUUUGCCAAGCACAGUGAAGUUAGUCAAGCUAAUUUAAAGAACUUGACAGAUUAUGAAAUCAAAGAUGGUGAAAGAAUUCCUUUGGCCAUCAAAGACAUGGGAUCUUGUGAAAUAUUUCCUCAAACAUUGUCUCAUAAUCCUAAUGGAAGGUUUGUUGUUGCUUGUGGUGAUGGAGAAUACAUCAUUUACACAGCGAUGGCUUUGCGUAAUAAAAGUUUUGGCAACGCUCAGGAAUUUAUCUGGGCAAGUGAUUCAUCAGAAUAUGCCAUUCGUGAUGGAAACAAGAUAUCUAUUCAUAAAAACUUCAAAGAAAGAAAGUCAUUUAAGCCAGAUUAUGGUGCGGAAAAUAUCUUUGGUGGUAACCUGAUUGGUGUGCGUUCGACUGCUGGAUUAUCGUUUUACGACUGGGAAAAUACCGAAUUAAUUCGAAGAAUCGACAUUCAAUCAAAAUCGGUUCAUUGGUCAGACAGUGGUGAAUUGUGCGCAAUUGCUACCGAUGAUUCAAUCUAUAUCUUAAAAUAUAAUCCGGAAAAAGUAACCCAGGCAAUGGAAAACAAAGACGAAAUAUCUGAAGAUGGCGUUGAAGAAGCGUUUGAUGUCGUUGGUGAGAUUGAAGAUGUUGUAAAGACUGGAUUGUGGGUUGGCGACUGUUUCAUUUACACAAAUUCAGUCAACAGGCUGAAUUAUUAUGUCGGAGGCGAGAUUGUCACCAUAGCGCAUCUUGAUGGCGUUAUGUAUCUUCUCGGUUAUAUCCCGAAAGAUAAUCGUCUGUAUCUUGGUGAUAAAGAUUUAAACGUUGUCAGUUACUCCUUGUUAUUGUCUGUUCUGGAAUAUCAAACUGCGGUUAUGAGAGAAGAUUUUGAAACUGCUAAACAGGUUCUACCCACCAUUCCAAAAGAUCAGCGCAACAGAGUUGCUCAUUUCUUGGAAAAGCAGGGAUAUAAACAACAAGCAUUAGCUGUCUCAUGUGACCCUGAACAUAGAUUCGAACUUGCAAUUCAGUUGGGAGAACUAAAGAUAGCCUACGAAAUAGCCAUGGAAGAUCAGAAUGAGAAAAGAUGGAAGCAGCUGGCGGAGUUGGCCAUCAAGAAUUGUGAAUUCCAGCUGGCCCAGGAGUGUCUUCAUCGUGCUGAAGAUUUCGGAGGAUUGUUGCUUCUGGCUUCAUCUGCUGGUCAUGCUGACAUGAUCGCUAAAUUAGCAGAAUCCGCUUUGGAGAAAGGAAAAAAUAAUGUGGCAUUCUUGGCGUUUUAUCUCUUGGGAAGAUUAGAAGAUUGUCUGGAGCUUCUCUGCAACACAGGACGCUAUCCUGAAGCAGCAUUCAUGGCAAGAACGUAUCUUCCAAGCCAUGUUUCCAGAGUUGUUGCUUUGUGGAAGGAAGAUUUAGCAAAACAUAACAAAAAAGCAGCGAACUCAUUGGCUGACCCAACGGAAUAUGAAAAUCUUUUCCCAGAAUUUCAAGAAGCUUUAAAAGCAGAACAGUUUUUAAAAAAAGAAAGAAUGAACCUUGUAGCAGCAGCUGAUUACCCUCGACUAACUAAUAACUUUGACCGAAAUAUUUUUGAAGAAAUCAAAGGUGUUGACCCCACGGAGGAUUCCAGUGUUGAUAACGUUACUGAUUCUGUUGGAAAUCUAAACAUCGGCGCAUCCGCAGAACAAGCAACUAAACCAGUUGAACCAGUUUCUGCUGAAGUUACCAAACCUCAGGAAACCCAACCUCCUGCUAAAGAACCAGUGAAGAAGACGCCUUCACACAGUGAUGAGGAUUACGAUCUGGGUGAUGAAGAUCUCGACUUGGACGACGACGACGAUGAUGAUGAUUUUGAACUAGAUGAUGACGAUCUACUGGAUGAUGAAUGAAAAUUCAAAAUUCUCGAGGGGGAGAUAAACACACAAACAUGGUCUAUUGUCUAUAAACAUCAACGUGUACAUUCUCACCAGACACGAGUCGUAGGAAUUCAAGAAAAUAAAUAAAUAGAUCAAAUAGUUUGUGCCAUAACUGCCAGAUCAUACAGUAUCUUGCUCACAAUGAUAUUCUGAAAAGAAAAUGUGUCGAUUCUCCACUGAAAACUUUGCUGUAUGAUCUGCCAGUGGCAGUGUGUAAUUUUUCUAACAAUCCGUGUAUUGGUUGUGAUUGGACUUAUUACACAAUGAAUGCACAUCAUUUAUACACUCAGACUUGUUAGUUAACAUGUAUCAAAUAAAGAAUUUUAAUUAUAUUAGCGUUUUCUACAAAUUUGUUCAAUGUUUAAAACAAAUCAUUGCAAA